ACCAAAUAUUUUUAUGUGAUUAAAUUAAAGAGCCCAAGCCUUGACUCCCUGAAGCUCAAGCAACGCAUACGCAUCACCCGACACCAAAAAAGAAAGAAGGAGAAGCUCGCUCGGCAAGCUCAAUUCUCUCUCUCUCUCUCUCUCUCUCUCCGUCGACCGUGGAGUCAGUCCACGAGAUUCUCGAAGGAGUCUCUUCGAGUCUCAAACUUUCAAGAGUUCUUCCUUCUCGAAUCCACCAUUUCUCUCGUUGUUGAUGUCUAAUUGUCUCUGUCUCGUCAAAAUUUUCAAGAAAUUCCGAGCUGCACAUCUCUUGAAUCUUUGCAUACCAAUACCAUUACACCAAUCUCCACAUUCAGUGGAUCUGGUUCGAUUUUCUUGUCAAAAUAUAUGAUCUUCUUCGAUAGCUUCAUCGCAGAGAGUUUUUACAGAGAGAACGCAUAUAGCUAGCGAGAGAGAGCUUCUUUUUAUGUACUUAUAGGAGUCUAGAGCUUCUUUUGGACUCCUCUAAUUGAAACUGGAUCUUAUUUUUAUAAAUUGUGUCGAUAAACGGAGUUUGGAGCCCAAUUUUUGAGUGUUCGUGUCGUCGUGUUAGUUGGAGAUGGUGGAAUACUUUCAAUGAAGGUGACAUCAAUGAAGCGGAAGGUUGUUUCACCGCAGAAAUCGAAUUAUAAAUGGAAGAGAAAGUUGUGUGCUGCGCUUUUACUGGCGUUUUGUUUUGGAAGUUUAGUGUUGAUGCAGAGUCAGUACAGUAGAGUUCUGAUACUCGCGUCUUUGCCCCUUCCAUCCGCUCAAAGACCUAAAAUUGCGUUUCUGUUUAUAGCUCGAAAUCGGAUUCCUUUGGAAAUGGUUUGGGAUGCCUUCCUCCAGGGAGAGAAGGAGAACAGAUUUUCAAUUUUUGUUCACUCUAGGCCUGGGUUUGUGCUUAGCAAGGCAACAACCAGAUCUGUGUAUUUUUUAAAUCGUCAAGUUAAUGAUAGUAUACAGGUAGAUUGGGGAGAAUCAAGCAUGAUUCAGGCAGAGCGUGUAUUGCUUAAAAAUGCACUCGUUGACCCAUUUAAUGAAAGAUUUGUUUUUCUAUCAGACAGCUGUGUACCUUUAUACAACUUCAGCUACACAUAUGACUACAUCAUGUCAACUUCAACUAGUUUUGUAGACAGCUUUGCUGAUACGAAAGAGGGCCGCUACAAUCCAAAAAUGAAUCCAAUUAUUCCUGUUUUUAACUGGAGGAAAGGAUCUCAGUGGGCAGUCCUGACCAGAAAGCAUGCAAAGGUGGUUGUUAAGGAUGAUAUGGUGUUUCCCAUGUUUAAACGGCAUUGCAAGAGAAGAUCACUUCCUGAGUUUUGGCGGGAUCAUCCUCUCCCUGCUGAUGCAUCUAAGGAGCAUAACUGUAUACCAGAUGAACAUUAUGUUCAGACAUUACUUGCUCAAGAAGGCCUUGAAGGAGAAAUCACACGAAGAUCACUGACAUAUACUUCAUGGGAUCCUUCAUCCUCCAAAAACCCUGAACGGCGUGGAUGGCAUCCUUUAACUUACAAAUUCUCAGAUGCUACUCCCAAGCUCAUCCAAUCUAUAAAGGGAAUAGAUAACAUAUAUUAUGAAACUGAACAUCGAAGAGAAUGGUGUAGCAGCAAAGGAAAACCCUCAAAAUGCUUCCUCUUUGCGAGGAAAUUCACCCGUCCAGCGGCUCUAAAGCUUCUUAAUACGUCUGUGCUGGGAGCUUAAAAAUGAAGCUGGAGAGGUAAAUCCUACCUAUGUUGAAGUAAAUAUGUAUGUUGUAAGUUUCACACAAACUCGCGUAUCACCUGGUGGGUAUUCCACGUUUGAAGAAAUAUGUAGGAAAGGCAAAAGAAAAAAGAAACACAAGUUUUGCAUAUUUUGAAGCAUAAAAGCAUCCACAAUUGGCUUUGUCAUUUCUGAUUCACCUGGUUAGUGUGUAUAAUAAAAGUAUUCUCUCUCUCUCUCUCUCUACCUGAAAAUGUCUUGUUGCUGAAAUGGCAACAAUAAUAUUUUUUUCAAAACUUCCUAGUCUAGUGGCUGAAGGGACUGGAAAGUUUUGGAGUUCAUUUGUAACUUGGAAAUAUUAGGAAAGGAAUGAAAAACAUUAAUCCUGCAUUUGGAA